UUAGAGACAGUACAUUCCUGCAACCAAACAGAUUGGAGGAUAUUUGUCUUUAUUUCAGACUUGGAUUUAUGAACAUUUCCCUGAUAUUUGUAAACGGGAUAUGGAUGAGCAUAUUUCCUCGAUGCCACAGAUGUUUCGUUGGACGGCAAAACAAACAUAUGGGAAUGUGGCAUAUUACAGGGCAAAGUUGGAUGCUUUGAGGGAUACGGAUAUUAUCUUGGCACCAGAUUACGAUCAGAACGCUGUGACACGAUUUCAGUCUGUGUCAUUAUUUAUAGGAUACAUUCGUUGGUGUUUCACGAUGGUUCCGUAGUUACCUGAGAGGUGCAUACGGCAGUUUGGGUAUACUCAACACAUUCCUCCUACACCACCGAUGCUUGUUGCACGUGAUGUCGACGUUGAAUGGAGUAUGUACCGGAAUUCUGUACGAUCACUUCGAGCUAGAUUGCAUCCAGCUGCAUAUCCACAUGAGUGUGUUGAGGGAUACAUCCAGUGGUAUUAUAGGAUAUCUCAUCCUCGGAUGAUCCCUUAUGUUGCUGCAUAUGCUGGUCCUAGUUAUGAUGCUGAUGCUGGUCCUAGUCAUGAUGCUGAUGCUGGUCCUAGUCAUGAUGCUGGUCCCGAUACUAGUUGUACACGGUGUCACGCAGUUGGUGGUCUUAUACAGCAGAGUUUAGAUUUGCAUAUGGGUGGUCCUGAAGAUGAGAUGCGUGUCUUAUUGGAGAGAGCUUUAUAUAUUUCUAGAGGAGGAGAUUAUCAGUAGUAUCAUAGUUGUAUUAUUCAGACUUAUUUUAUUAUUCGUGGGUUAUUUGUUAUUCAGACUUAUUGUAUUAGCGACUUAUUCAGACUUAUUUAUUAGCGAUUUAUAUA